AUGAGGCCGCUCUUCUCGCUGUGGCCUCUCCUAGUCUUGGCCACCGCUCAAACUUCGCGGGGGUCCGCCAUCCUCUAUGUGGAGGCGCAGGAUGGCUUGGAGGACAAGCUGGAGCCGGAUGAGAUCACACCCUGCCUGACUUUCGGGGUUCUGACCCUCCGGAAGUCGACGCUGACGGUGAUCUCAGAGAUCUUGAAGAAGCUGGGCGACGUCAUGGACACCUCUGCCGAACCGGGCCCCGAACGCUUCCUUCUCUUUGCGGCCAUGGACCUCAUCGCUACGGCAGUUCACCUACUGGAUGUGACCUACCUUCUCAGCUGUGCGCGACUGGGAUGUGAACAAUGCGGCCUGGGACAUGCAGAGCUGCCAGGAACAUCGUUCUCGGUGCAGUCCUUGUUCGCUUCCUUUGGUCGGAAGGCCACAGCAUUUUGCCACAUGGUGGAGUCUUCCAUCGACCUCACGGAGUCGACUUUGGAGAUUCGUCAAAGGGAGCCACCCAUCAUUUGGAGAAGAAGCUCGGUACAACAGGUGCGAGAUGCCAUACAGGACUUGCUGACGUCAGGCAUCGCGAUCAGCAUGGAGGAGCUUCCUGCGCGGGAAGACGCGCUUGUGAACUUGGGCGGCAUCAUGGGCCAGGGCGUGCGGCUCACCAUCUUGCAGCUGCUGGAUGCAAUCCCAGACAUGGCCUCUGAAGCUCGACACCUGCCCAAAGGAGUCCCGGCUUGGUCGCAGCGAGCGGCCGCGGAGGUCCUGGAAGCCAGCGGGGCAAGCAGCGCAACCCUGCAGGAGAUGCUAUUCCUCCUCCCCCUUCCACCAGCAGGCUGGCCGGCGACGAGGGCAUCGCCACUCUGCGAGAAGCGCUCCCUGCAUUCUGUGGCAAGCUCCCGGCCAGGCAGCCGGCAGGCACAGAUUGCUGCUGCUCGACGCGACGCAGCAGCGACAACCACUUGGCUGGGUGCAUCACCGAGCCAAUUGCUCAAGAUCACUGCAACUUCUAGCAGGCCGCUUUACCGCUCCUACGUGGCAAUCCGAAACGCGGGGCGCUUCGGCCAGGAGGCCAGCUGUGAGGAAGCGGUGGGCAUACUGUACGAUCCAACACUUUGCCUCGGCAGUGAGCUGGGCCUCAGCGGAGUGAUCUACUUCCUCACCAUGGAUCCGGAGAUUGACGACCCGUUGUACGUGCGAUGGAUUGGGAGGGCUUGGUCAGGGCAGACAUCCCAGGAGCAACCGGUCUGGCAGUCCACCGUGGAUCCAAUCCUAAAGUCUCAAAGAUCGACUGCACUGGGCAUAUGCAGCAGAUCUCUCAAUCCGAUGGCGGGAAAUUGCCAAACCAUUUGGGAGAUCCUUCAGGCUGAUAGCAUCAGUACGGCCAGCAUUGUCUACGUGCCCGUGAACCCAACUGUUCCUCCACCCCUAGAGGCCAUGCGCUGA